AUGAGUAGAAAUGUUGAUAAGGCAAAUUCGGUGUUAGUAAGGUAUCAGGAGCUUCAGGCUGAGACAGAAAGUGGUUAUAAGGACUACUCUCGAUUUAAGAGACCGACUAAAAUUUAUAAGGUCAGUAAAUUACAAGAGGCUCAGAGAUGGCGUAAUGAGGUUGUGAAGGAUAUUGGAAAUAAGAUCACUCAGAUACAUGAUCCUUCGUUGAAUGAUUUUCAGGUUGAAGAGAUAAAUGGGGAAUUGAAUAGAUUGUUCCAAGAGAAGCAGAGAUGGGAAAAUCAUAUUCGAAGGAAUUUGAAAGGUCCAGAUUAUAGGAAAAUAAAGGGAUUAAACACUAGUGGUGGGAGUUUAAUUAAUGGUACCAGGUAUUUCGGAAGAGCAUUAGAAUUGCCGCAUGUUCAGAAAAUGAUCAAGCAGCGAAAUGAGGUUCGUCAAAAAAGGUUGUCAAAAUCGCAGCAAGAACAGCAGUUGAAGGCUAAAAUAAGAAGGUGGAAGAAAGAAUUAGGUCCCCAUUAUUAUGGAAAUGAGGUGAGUGAAAAUUUUUUAGAGUAUGAAGAGGAUCGAAGUCAAGAGAUUAAAUUAAAUAUCGCAGCUUCUAUAAGCGAAAAGCAGAAACCACAGUGUAUUAUAUCGGAGUUUAAAGAUUUGCCAUCGCUCGACGAUGUAGAACGAUGGUUGGUGGAGAAGAGAAAGAAAAGACUGCAGGAGCAAUUGGGCCUGUAG